UCGUUUAUUUUGUUUUCAACAACAAGCAACAUCAUUAAUGGAGGAUUAAUAGUGAUAUGUGUAAUGAGUAUAUGAACUUAGUUGUUUAGAGACAAAAAAAGAAACAGAAAAGUGAGGAGGAAAGACAAAACAUUUCCCGUGACUAUCAAAACAGAAAGACAAUAGUAAUGCAGAGCUUCACAGUAAUCAGAGGAGAUGAGAGUAGUCGUCUGAACCAACCAAGGUUUUCCGAUCUUGGAGAGCUUGAACAAUCCAAUGGGUUUCAUCAUAAUGAUUAUAUAAAUAUGCCUCACUCAAAUCCUUCUUUUAGUUUGAAAUCAACUAGUUCUGUUGUUGCUGCUUCUUUACAGAUUCCAGGGUUUAACUCGAACAUUAAUACUUCUGAAAUUUAUUCUCCGAGGAAUAAUGGAGUUGAUUCAAGGCCGUAUUUUCAGAAAGGAAACAGUAAUAACGUUCAGGCUCUUGCUCCAUUAGGAAAUGGGCAUUUUGAAAAUUGGGGAGAAUCUACAGGAAUAAUGCCUGAUACAAGUCAACAUACUGAUACAUCCACAGAUACUGAUGACCAUAAAAAUCAGUUUCCAGGCGUUUGUGAAGGAGGUACAUCUGUGGAUUCCAUGGAUAGAUUAAACGGAAAGCUGGGAGACCAAAAGUCACUGCGAAGACUUGCUCAAAACCGUGAAGCUGCAAGGAAAAGUCGCUUAAGGAAGAAGGCCUAUGUUCAGCAAUUAGAAAGUAGCCGAAUAAAGCUUAACCAACUUGAGCAAGAGCUUCAAAGAGCACGACAACAGGGUAUAUUUAUUGCAAGUGGAUCUUUAGCUGAACAAGGUCAUUUAACUGGUGGAAAAGGGAACUUAGCGUUCGAUAUGGAGUAUGCCAGGUGGCUAGAUGAACAUCAACGGCAGAUCAAUGACCUGAGAACGGCCGUGAAAUCUAAUGUGGGGGAUAAUGAGCUUCGGCUUCUUGUUGACGGUGUGAUGUCACAUUACGAUGAAAUUUUCCAGCUAAAGACCACUGCUACAAAAUCAGAUGUAUUCCACAUGCUUUCGGGCAUGUGGAAGACACCUGCAGAACGUUUUUUCAUGUGGUUAGGAGGUUUUCGCUCUUCUGAACUUCUUAAGAUUCUUGGGAACCACCUUGAACCCUUGACAGAUCAACAGUUAAUGGGCAUCUGUAAUCUCCAGCAAUCCUCUCAACAGGCUGAGGAUGCUUUGUCUCAAGGGAUGGAAGCUUUGCAACAAUCUUUGUCAGAAACCCUCUCGGCUGGUUCGCUGGGUCCUGGUUCUGGAAAUGUAGCGGACUACAUGGGCCAGAUGGCAAUCGCAAUGGGAAAAUUGGGAACUCUGGAAAACUUCCUUAAUCAGGCUGAUCUUCUGCGACAACAAACUUUACAACAAAUGCAUCGGAUAUUGACUACACGACAAGCAGCCCGUGCAUUUUUAGUCAUUAAUGAUUACUUCUCUCGUUUACGAGCACUCAGUUCAUUAUGGUUGGCACGGCCCAGGGAUUAAUCAAAGGCUCUUUUUCAACAGUUGUUUUCCACGUUGUUCAUAGGAAACAGUAGUUAUAGUUAGCAAAAAUGCUACGGACUGUUAAGGUUGGAAUAUAUGUUAUUGAUCACUUCUAGUUAACAGAUUCUCAUUUCUUGUAGUAAGAGUUAGCAAAGAAAGGAUAUGUGGCUAGGUUGUACUUUGUAGGUAGGUGUAUUCUACUGUUCUGAUAAUGGGUAACCGAUCCUAAUCCAUAUUGUGUAACUUAUAGUGGUCAUCUGUAUAAUUCUAGAUUUUGCACUUAGAAAUAGGCACCUGUCUUUGUCUUGGUAAUGAUGAGUCCGGGGGAAUUGUGUGCAAGUGCAAAUGACUCAUGUUUACAUAUUCUCUUAAUAUCAAGAUG